UGAGAAACUGGAUCUUAGUUUCUCUGAUUGCGAAGGAGAUGGAGGAGUACUUGCAGUACAUGAAGACUUUGCGCUCUCAAAUGAACGAUGUGGAGGAUCAAGCGGCGAAGACUUCAGUGGAAGAGCAAAUGCAAUUGACGAACAUACGCAAUUUGGAAAAAGACAUCGACUCAGCAAAAUCUGAAAUCAAGCAACUCAAGGAAGAUACUGAAAAGAUGAUGAAGGCAAAGGGUGAGAUAUGCUCAAAGAUAUUGGAAACACAGAAAAGGAUUGCCUCUUUGGGCUCUGAUACAUCUAAACUUACACAGACUCUGGAGCUUAUUCAGCAAGAGAGAGUUGGGUUAUCUGCCAAACUUUCAGAGAAGAGAGCCUACUAUAGCAAGGUUGCAGAAGACAUGAGUGCCAAAUUACAUAAACAACAGGAAUGGAUCAGAGCUAAGAAGAUUAGUAGAGAACUGAAAGAGCGGGAAUUGGUCAAGGAAAAAGUUGAUGGGCAAAGAAGUAAAGCUGAAGGCAUAGCUCUAAGCUUUUGUUUAAUGUUUUACGCUAAGCUUCGGAAUUGGAAAAAAUCAUUGGGUUACAACUUACAAAGAAGGCUGGUGCUGAUGGGGAGUGAUGCAAGGAAGAACUUAACAACUGAAUUGGAUUCAGCUAAAGCAAGGCUUGAUGAGAUUCGUAUUCUGAAAUCCAAGGUUCUUAUGGAGAACAACAAGAUAAAACUGGCUAUUGAGGAUGUAAAGAGCAGGGAAAAUGAGUUCAAGCCAGAGCUAAAAGCAGCAGAUAUGACUGCUCUUGAAGAGGAAUAUAAUGCCCUCUUGUCAGACAAAGCUGGAGAAACUGAGUAUUUGCAGUCUCUGGAGAAACAAACUGAGAAACUCAAGAUGAUCUAUCAUGUGGUAAAAUGUGCUUGUGGAGAGGAAUUCACAGUUGCAACUGAGCAGAAUGCUUAUGACGUUCAAGAGGAGGGAAAUGAACAAAACAAAUUUAGGUAUGCAGAUGCCAAUAGGAAAGAUUUGAAUGAUAAAGACGAAAAUAAGGAGAGCCAAAAUCUAGUGUUUGAGAAGGCAAUCAAUUAA